AGUAUCAAAUCGAUGACUAAUAAACUUGAAAGGCUUCUAUUGACUCAAAAAACUCAAUUAUUUUAAGUGAAUAUCUUUUGAACGAAAGUGUUUUCAAUUGUGCAUUAGUAAAUCAGUGAUUUUAUUUGUGUGUGAAAUAAGAAAAAAAUUAUUUGUAUGUCAAAAUGUCAGAUCAAUUCGGUCAAAUGUCAUUAAAAUGGGAUCCGAAAAAUUUAGAAAUUCGUACAAUGUCUGUAGAGAAAACUUUAGAACCGUUGGUGUUACAAGUAACAACGCUCGUGAAUUGUAAAGGACCAAGCAAAAAGAAAAAGGGUAAAUCGAAAAGGGCCAAUGCACUUGUUGGAACUGUUGAGAAAGCAACCCAAAAUUUUAUUGAGAAAGGUGAACAAAUUGCAUAUGAAAAUCCCGAUAUUACUCAAGAAAUGUUAGCGGCUGUUGAAGAAGUUCGUAAGACAGGGGAUGCAAUGAGUUUGGCAGCUCGAGAAUUUUCCGAAGACCCAUGCUCUUCCUUAAAACGUGGCAACAUGGUUCGUGCCGCUAGAAAUUUACUAUCAGCUGUAACACGUCUCCUAAUCUUAGCCGAUAUGGUUGAUGUACAUCUAUUAUUAAAGUCACUACGUGUUGUUGAAGACGAUCUAGAAAAAUUAAAGAACGUAUCAAGUCAAUCAGAAUUGGAGCAUAAUAUUGAAGCAUUUAACCGUAAUGCAAAUGAAUUAAUCAAUCAAGCAGCAAAACGUCAAUUAGAAUUAAAAGAUCCACAAUUACGGGACGAUUUAGCUGCGGCUCGUGCAGUUCUCAAGAAACAUUCCACAAUGCUUUUAACCGCAUCCAAAGUUUAUGUUCGUCAUCCUGAAUUAGCGGCGGCUAAAGCAAAUCGUGAUUACGUAUACAAACAGGUAUGCGAAGCUGUGAAUACAAUCAGUGAUGUGGCCCAAGGUAAAAGUUCACAGCUUACACAAAAUCCAUACGAUGGACCUGGUGAACUAGCGGCUGCUUUGGAUGAUUUCGAUGAACAUAUGAUCAUGGAUCCGUUAGCAUACAAUGAAAUCCGAACACGACCAUCGUUAGAAGAACGAUUAGAAAGUAUUAUAAGUGGAGCUGCUCUAAUGGCAGAUUCAUCGUGUACACGUGAUGAACGUCGAGAACGUAUUGUGGCCGAAUGUAAUGCAGUACGACAAGCUUUGCAAGAUUUGCUAUCUGAGUAUAUGUCGAAUGUUGGGCAAAAAGAACAAAGUGAUGGAUUGGAACGAGCUAUCGAUCAAAUGUGUCGAAAAACUCGAGAUCUUCGUCGUCAAUUACGCAAAGCAGUUGUUGAUCAUGUAUCUGAUAGUUUCUUAGAAACAAACGCACCAUUAGAAGUAUUAAUUCAAGCGGCAAGAAAUGGUAACGAAAAAGAGGUCGAAGAAUGUGCAAUUAUUUUUACUGAGCAUGCAAAUAAACUCGUGGAAGUUGCUAAUCUUGUCUGCAGCAUGUCGAAUAAUGAAGAUGGCGUUAAAAUGGUACGCUACGCAGCCGCACAAAUUGAAACACUUUGUCCACAGGUGAUUAACGCUGCAAGAAUUUUAGCUGCACGUCCUCGGAGCAAAGUUGCUCAGGAUAAUAUGGAUGUCUUCCACAAGACAUGGGAGAAACAAGUUCGAAUUCUAACUGAAGCUGUUGAUGAUAUCACGACAAUUGACGAUUUCUUGGCCGUUUCCGAGAAUCAUAUUUUGGAAGAUGUCAAUAAAUGCGUAUUAGCCUUACAAGAAGGAGACGCCGAUACUUUGGAGCGUACUGCCGGAGCAAUUCGUGGUAGAUCAGAUCGCGUUUGUACGGUGGUUGGAGCGGAAAUGAAUAACUAUGAACCGUGUAUCUAUACAAAUCGUGUUUUGGAAGCGGUUAAAGUGUUGCAUGAUCAAGUUAUGCCGAAAUUUGGACAACGUGUUAAAAUUGCUGUCGGAGCGUUGUCUAGUAAUCCACCACAAGAGGUUGAUGAGAAUGAUUUUAUUGAUGCAUCGCGAUUAGUUUAUGAUGGUGUUCGUGAAAUUCGUCGUGCUGUCCUCAUGAAUCGUGCCGAUGAUGAUUUAGAUCCAGAAGAUGUCGAAUUGGAUGAGAACUAUACUUUGGAAACAAGGAGUAAAUCGAGUGCACAAACUGGAGACCAACAUGGAGUUGACGAAUAUCCAGACAUCAGUGGAAUUACUACAGCCAGAGAAGCCAUGCGUAAAAUGCCCGAAGAAGAUAAACAAAAGAUUGCCCAACAAGUGGAAUUCUUCCGUAGUGAAAAACUUAAAUUCGAUCGUGAAGUUGCAAAAUGGGACGAUGCCGGUAACGAUAUCAUUGUUUUGGCCAAACAUAUGUGCAUGAUUAUGAUGGAAAUGACUGACUUCACGCGUGGCCGUGGUCCUCUGAAAACUACAAUGGAUGUAAUCAAUGCAGCUAAGAAAAUCUCCGAGGCUGGUACAAAACUCGAUAAAUUAACACGUCAAAUUGCUGAUCAAUGUCCUGAGAGUUCUACGAAAAAGGAUUUAUUGGCUUAUUUACAACGAAUUGCACUUUACUGUCAUCAAAUGAAUAUUACAUCAAAGGUCAAAGCUGAUGUUCAAAAUAUUAGUGGGGAGUUGAUUGUUUCUGGGUUGGACAGUGCAACCUCGUUAAUUCAAGCAGCUAAAAAUUUAAUGAAUGCAGUCGUCCUCACUGUAAAAUCAUCUUAUGUAGCUUCAACAAAAUACACUCGACAAGGAACCAUUUCUUCCCCAAUUGUUGUAUGGAAAAUGAAGGCACCCGAAAAGAAACCAUUGGUACGACCUGAACGACCCGAAGAAGUGCGCGCUAAAGUACGAAAAGGUUCACAAAAGAAAGUGCAAAAUCCUAUACAUGCAUUAUCGGAAUUCCAAAGCCCAACUGAAUCAGUUUAGGAGUAAAAAAAGAGAGAAACAAACCAUUUAUUUAAUUACCAAAAUUUUAUAUUAUUUUUAA